AUGCACGAUCGUUAUUUUCAAGCAAUAGAAUCGUCCGUGUUAAGUUUAUCUGCAUGUUCAAAAAAUUUGCUUCAGGAGUGCUCAAAUGAUGGGAUCUCAAGUAGGCGGUUGCGUCAGCGGAAUGAGAAUGCUAGAGCACAGCGUCUUGCCGCAGCCGAGGAGGAAAACCGAGCAUACAGGGCUGCAAUUUUAGCGCGUACUAGCGCGCAAAAGAGAUCUUUAGAUAAGAAAGAGAAUAUCAAGCGCUCUUCCCGCGAGUUCCAUAGUAGAUCUCCUAUGGAGGCAAAGCGACGCAAAUCAGAGCCCGUCAAUGGAGAAAAAGCUAAUGGGCUGUUGUCGAGUGUUUGCCCGUCUUAUCUACCCAACAAUGAAGAGGAGCUCGGAGAAGAUUGUUUUGUCAUUUUAGAUGACGAAGAGGUCGAGCUCUGA